GAGCCACAGCCUCCUGGAGCCUGCGGGAGGGAGCGAGGGAGGAGGCGGGAGGCGCGGGGAAAAGUGCAAGGCGCCCGGGGCGAGCCUGCAGUUCUCAUCCCCGCGGCGGCGCAGCACCUCGCUCACUGCACCCAGAGCGGGUCGCGGGGUGGCGGCGGUCAGGAGGGGACGACAGGGUGUCGGGGGAGGCGGAGGCGGAGCGCGCACGAGCCGAGCGGGGUCCCCGCCGCCCCGCGGGCCAAGGUCGAGCCCUCCCGCCCGUGGGCAAGCGAGCCGCCCACUUCUAGAAGCGUCCACGCCACAAAGAGCCCCGGGCCGGCGCCUGCUCCCCAUGACUUCUUAAAAGGGGGUCGUCCCUCCGAGUCCGCUGCCCGGGCCGCGCCCCGCGCCCUCCUGAGCGUCCCCACGCGCCCCGACCCGCGCCCCGCCGGCAUGGACGUCCACACCCGCUGGAAAGCGCGCAUUUCCCUCCACCCGCUCCUGUCCCCGCAGUCGCUGCUGCUGCUGCUGCUGCUGCGGGCGCCGCCUCAGAGCCACGCAGCCCAGACAGCAGACGUCCUGAAGGUCCUCGAUUUUCAGAGCCAGCCUGAUGGUGUAGUGAAGACAACCGGCUUCUGCGCUACACGGCGGUCUUCCAAAGGCCCAGAUGUGGCUUACAGGGUCACGACAGAGGCCCAGCUCAGUGCACCCACCAAGCAGCUGUACCCCACAUCUGAGUUUCCUGAGGACUUCUCCAUCCUUACCACUGUGAAAGCCAAGAAGGGCAGCCAGGCCUUCCUGGUGUCCAUCUACAACGAGCAGGGCAUCCAGCAGCUGGGCCUGGAGAUGGGCCGCUCUCCCGUUUUCCUCUAUGAGGACCACACGGGGAAGCCAGGCCCAGAAGACUACCCACUGUUCCGGGGCAUCAACCUGUCGGAUGGCAAGUGGCACAGAAUUGCCUUCAGUGUCCACAAAAAGAAUAUCACCUUGAUCCUGGACUGUAAGAAGAAAAUCACCAAGGUGCUCAACCGCAGUGACCACCCCCUGAUCGAUCUCAAUGGCAUCAUUGUCUUUGGUGCCCGGAUUCUUGAUGAGGAACUGUUUGAGGGUGACAUCCAGCAGCUGCUCUUCAUCUCAGACCACCGGGCAGCCUAUGAUUACUGCGAGCACUACAGCCCUGACUGUGACAUCCCUGUCCCCGAUACCCCCCAGUCGCAGGACCCCAACCCCGAUGAAUAUUACCCAGAAGUAGGAGAGGGUGAAGGGGACACUUAUUACUACGAGUACCCCUAUUAUGAAGACACGGAUGAUGGCAACAAGGACCCCCCUCCAACCAAGGAGCCUGUGGAAGUUGCCAGAGAGACCACAGAGAUCACUGAGGACCUGCCCCUGCCUCCCACGGUGCCCCCCACGGCGGUGCCCGAUACCGGUGAGGGGGCUGGCAAGGAGGAAGACCCCGGCAUUGGUGAUUAUGACUACAUGCCCACCGAUGACUACUACACGCCACCUCCAGAUGAGGACCUUGGCUAUGGCGGGGACCCCGACCAGCUCCCCGACCUGGGGCUCCCCACCAGCACCGUGCUUAGCUCCAACUCCUCCAACCCGGCUCCAGGAGAAGGGAAUGAGGAUCCAGAUGGGGACUUCACUGAGGAAACCAUCCGGAACCUGGAUGAGAACUACUAUGACCCCUACUACGACCCGACCGUUUCCCCAUCUGAGAUCGGGCCAGGCAUGCCCGCAAACCAGGACACCAUCUAUGAAGGGAUUGGAGGCCCCCGGGGCGAGAAGGGUCAGAAAGGAGAGCCUGCCAUCAUUGAACCAGGCAUGCUCAUGGAAGGGCCACCUGGCCCAGAAGGCCCCGCUGGUCUCCCAGGACCUCCGGGAACAGUGGGUCCCACUGGCCAAGUGGGUGACCCUGGAGAACGGGGUCCCCCUGGACGCCCAGGCCUUCCAGGGGCAGAUGGGCUACCCGGCCCCCCUGGAACUAUGCUCAUGCUGCCUUUCCGGUUUGGAGGGGGUGGUGACUCAGGCUCCAAAGGCCCCAUGGUGUCAGCACAGGAGUCCCAGGCUCAGGCCAUUCUCCAGCAGGCCCGGUUGGCGUUGAGGGGUCCGGCCGGCCCGAUGGGUCUCACAGGGAGACCCGGCCCCAUGGGCCCCCCUGGAAGUGGAGGUUUGAAGGGCGAGCCUGGAGACAUGGGGCCUCAGGGUCCUCGUGGAGUACAGGGCCCACCUGGCCCCACAGGGAAGCCUGGGAGAAGGGGCCGGGCUGGGAGCGAUGGGGCACGAGGAAUGCCUGGCCAGACCGGCCCAAAGGGUGACCGUGGCUUUGAUGGACUGGCUGGCUUGCCGGGAGAGAAGGGCCACCGGGGUGACCCUGGCCCCUCUGGCCCGCCAGGCCCUCCAGGAGACGAUGGAGACAGGGGUGAUGAUGGAGAAGUCGGACCCAGAGGGCUUCCUGGGGAGCCGGGACCACGUGGUCUUCUGGGACCCAAGGGGCCCCCCGGCCCUCCUGGACCUCCUGGUGUGACGGGGAUGGAUGGCCAGACAGGUCCGAAAGGCAACGUGGGACCCCAAGGAGAGCCCGGUCCCCCUGGACAGCAGGGUAAUCCAGGUGCUCAGGGUCUCCCAGGUCCCCAGGGUGCCAUUGGCCCUCCAGGAGAAAAGGGUCCCUUGGGAAAACCCGGCCUCCCAGGAAUGCCCGGUGCUGACGGACCCCCGGGGCACCCUGGCAAAGAAGGCCCCCCUGGAGAGAAAGGAGGCCAGGGUCCACCUGGCCCCCAGGGCCCACUGGGCUACCCUGGUCCCCGAGGAGUCAAGGGAGCAGAUGGCAUCCGAGGCCUGAAAGGCACCAAAGGCGAGAAGGGUGAAGAUGGUUUCCCUGGAUUUAAAGGAGAUAUGGGUAUCAAAGGAGACCGGGGGGAGAUUGGCCCACCUGGACCCAGAGGAGAAGAUGGUCCUGAGGGCCCAAAGGGUCGUGGAGGUCCGAAUGGUGACCCUGGUCCUCUCGGGCCCCCUGGAGAGAAGGGCAAACUUGGCGUGCCAGGACUUCCGGGCUACCCUGGACGACAAGGGCCAAAGGGUUCUAUUGGAUUUCCUGGAUUCCCCGGUGCCAACGGAGAGAAAGGUGGCAGGGGCACGCCUGGGAAGGUGGGACCACGCGGGCAGCGAGGCCCAACGGGGCCGAGAGGAGAGCGAGGCCCCCGGGGCAUCACUGGGAAGCCUGGCCCUAAGGGCAACUCUGGAGGUGAUGGCCCGGCUGGCCCCCCUGGGGAGCGGGGACCCAACGGACCCCAAGGACCCACAGGCUUUCCCGGCCCAAAGGGCCCUCCAGGUCCUCCAGGCAAAGAUGGGCUCCCAGGACACCCUGGGCAAAGAGGCGAGACGGGUUUCCAAGGCAAGACUGGUCCCCCAGGACCCCCCGGUGUGGUUGGCCCUCAGGGUCCCAAUGGAGAAACUGGUUCAAUGGGUGAGCGUGGUCACCCAGGCCCCCCAGGGCCCCCUGGUGAACAAGGCCUCCCAGGCCUGGCUGGAAAAGAAGGGACAAAGGGUGACCCAGGCCCUGCCGGUCUUCCUGGAAAGGAUGGUCCCCCGGGGUUACGUGGCUUCCCUGGAGAUCGAGGGCUUCCCGGACCAGUGGGAGCACUUGGACUGAAGGGUAAUGAAGGACCUCCCGGACCCCCAGGCCCCGCAGGGUCUCCAGGGGAGAGAGGCCCUGCAGGUGCUGCUGGGCCCAUUGGCAUUCCCGGGAGACCCGGGCCCCAGGGACCUCCAGGACCAGCUGGAGAGAAAGGUGCACCGGGUGAGAAAGGUCCGCAAGGCCCUGCCGGCAGAGACGGUCUGCAGGGUCCUGUGGGGCUCCCUGGUCCAGCUGGCCCGGUGGGCCCCCCAGGAGAAGAUGGAGACAAGGGAGAGAUCGGGGAGCCAGGACAGAAGGGGAGCAAAGGGGACAAAGGCGAGCAGGGUCCACCUGGCCCUACAGGCCCUCAAGGCCCCAUCGGGCAGCCAGGCCCUUCUGGAGCUGAUGGCGAGCCGGGCCCCCGUGGCCAACAGGGCCUCUUUGGGCAGAAAGGUGACGAAGGACCCCGAGGCUUUCCUGGGCCACCUGGGCCAGUGGGGCUGCAGGGCCUGCCAGGACCUCCGGGUGAGAAGGGUGAGACUGGGGACGUGGGCCAGAUGGGCCCUCCCGGUCCCCCUGGCCCUCGAGGACCCUCUGGAUCUCCAGGCGCUGAUGGGCCCCAAGGCCCUCCAGGUGGAAUAGGCAAUCCUGGUGCUGUGGGAGAGAAGGGUGAACCUGGUGAAGCUGGAGAACCUGGCCUUCCAGGAGAGGGGGGGCCCCCGGGACCCAAAGGAGAAAGGGGGGAGAAGGGCGAGUCUGGUCCUUCUGGUGCUGCUGGACCCCCUGGGCCCAAGGGCCCUCCCGGAGAUGAUGGUCCCAAAGGCAGCCCUGGCCCAGUUGGCUUCCCUGGAGAUCCUGGUCCCCCUGGAGAACCUGGUCCUGCAGGUCAAGAUGGCCCCCCUGGUGACAAAGGAGAUGAUGGUGAGCCUGGGCAAACGGGAUCCCCAGGCCCUACUGGAGAGCCAGGUCCCUCUGGGCCUCCAGGAAAAAGGGGUCCCCCUGGUCCUGUGGGCCCCGAAGGCAGACAGGGAGAGAAAGGAGCCAAGGGAGAAGCUGGCUUGGAAGGCCCUCCUGGGAAGACUGGUCCCAUUGGCCCCCAAGGGGCUCCUGGGAAGCCAGGCCCUGAUGGUCUUCGUGGGAUCCCUGGCCCUGUGGGUGAACAAGGCCUCCCAGGAUCUCCAGGCCCUGAUGGGCCCCCCGGACCUAUGGGCCCACCAGGACUUCCUGGCCUCAAAGGAGAUUCUGGCCCAAAAGGAGAAAAGGGUCAUCCAGGCUUGAUCGGACUCAUCGGACCUCCAGGAGAACAGGGUGAAAAGGGUGACCGUGGGCUCCCCGGUCCCCAAGGCUCCUCAGGCCCUAAGGGAGAACAGGGCAUCACCGGUCCUUCUGGUCCACUUGGCCCCCCAGGGCCCCCUGGCUUGCCGGGUCCUCCUGGUCCAAAAGGUUCCAAGGGCUCCUCGGGUCCAACUGGCCCCAAGGGUGAGGCAGGCCACCCAGGACCCCCUGGACCACCGGGUCCCCCAGGCGAGGUCAUUCAGCCCCUGCCAAUCCAGGCCUCCAGGACCCGGCGCAACAUUGAUGCCAGCCAGCUGCUGGACGAGGCAGAGGGGGAGAACUACAUGGACUAUGCUGAUGGCAUGGAGGAGAUCUUUGGCUCUCUCAAUUCACUGAAGCUGGAGAUUGAGCAGAUGAAACGACCCCUGGGCACACAGCAAAACCCGGCCCGCACCUGCAAAGAUCUUCAGCUCUGCCACCCUGACUUCCCCGACGGUGAAUACUGGGUGGAUCCUAACCAAGGCUGCUCCAGGGACUCCUUCAAGGUAUACUGCAACUUCACGGGCGGAGGGUCCACCUGUGUCUUCCCAGACAAGAAGUCCGAGGGGAGUAAGAUGGCCCGCUGGCCCAAAGAACAGCCCUCCACCUGGUAUAGUCAGUACAAGCGUGGGUCCCUGCUGUCCUACAUAGACGCUGAAGGCAACCCCGUGGGCGUGGUGCAGAUGACCUUCCUGCGGCUGCUCAGCGCCUCAGCCCAGCAGAACAUCACCUACAACUGCUACCAGUCAGUGGCCUGGCAGGACGCCACCACGGGCAGCUAUGACAAGGCCAUCCGCUUCCUGGGCUCCAAUGACGAGGAGAUGUCAUACGACAACAGCCCCUACAUCCGGGCGCUGGUGGAUGGCUGUGCUACGAGAAAAGGCUACCAGAAGACGGUUCUGGAGAUCGACACCCCCAAGGUGGAACAGGUGCCCAUCGUGGACAUUAUGUUCAACGACUUCGGCGAAGCUGCCCAGAAAUUCGGAUUUGAAGUGGGGCCGGCCUGUUUCCUGGGCUAGGAACCAUGAGCCCAGCCCCUGAGACCAACCUCGUGACCUCAGUGCGCCGUCUGUGGGGGUCCUGGACAGUGAAGGCCCCUUCUUGUCCUUGCCCCGACCUCAUCUGCAUCCCGGCCCCGAGCCGUGCCAGACCCCAAAUUCAGAGAGAGAGAGCCAAGGGAAAGAGCCGUGCCCUCCACCACACACAAACACCCGGAGCUGAAUCACAUGACCUAGACCCCCCUCCCUGGUCCACCAUCGGCUGCUCGGGGCCGUCACACCACUCGGGACCACCGGCCCCCAUUUCUCGAUGCCCACCCAGCUGCCUGUUGGUGCUCAUGGGGGAGUCCAAGGGUGGGAAUAGACGACAGUAUUCAGAGAUCACUUGUGCUAACUCAACUUGAAGAUGUGUAUCCCCCUACACACCCAAUAUUCAAAAAGUAUCCGGAGGCAAACCCAGGAAGGCCAGCCUGGCCCUGCCCCAGCCUCUGUUUUCAAAGACACAACCCACUUGCGUGCCAAACGUCACUCUGUAUGUGCCUCUCCGAGGGAUUCAAGGUGCUUUCGUUUUAUUUUUGUGCGUUUUAUUCGUAUUGUGUUGUCCUAUCUGUUCCACGUGCCCCCGUCCCACCACUACCGACUGUUAAGUCAACCCAGCCUCAUCCAGCUGGGAGAAUGGGAAAACCGAUGGAUGAAAAGUGGGGAACCCCCCAGUACCCCCUGUCUGGUCUGGACCCUGCAGUGACAGGUGACCCUGGGCCCUGGGCAGCAGUGAAUUUUACACACGAGGACAGCCAUCUUUUCCAGAUUACUGCUUUGACGUGAUCUGGAUAACAUUUGAAAUUUUAAAUGGGGAGGGAACCCCCACCAAAAAUGAAUUUUCCUUCCAACUCUGCCUUUAGAUUAAAACAUAGUCUUAAAUUCACCCCAGUGGUUUCCUUCUUGCCUGCUUUUCUUCCUGUGCUGCCUGGUGGGAAGAGGCCCCAGCCUGGGAGGCUAUCUGGUCCACAGAGGAUGCUGAUUCAAUAGUAACUGGUGCUUACUUGUACACUUUUCUUUUGUGGUGCUAUCUGUUUUGAGAUCUCCUUGAAGGCAGCCCUGGGGGGAGCCUGGAUGUGCACCUCAUCCUCACACCUUUCCCAAGCCCAGUAUUUGUUUUUUCCAGGCUGUGGGGAUCCUUGUGGACUCAGCCACCUGAUGGCGGCAAGGCCCCUCUGGGCCUGCUGGUAGCAUCUGUGCUGCUGGGCGUGGUGUGAUUUCACAAUACACACACACACACACACACACACACACACACACACACACACACACUACACCUGUGGUGCUUUCUGCCUUGUACCUGGUGUGACAACAGCAGACUAUGUUCGGUUGCCAGAUGUUUGUGGUGCUAAUUUUCUGUUUGUUCCAAGAAUUAAGUCAGAGCAGGGUCCCAGGCGCUGGCUCUGCAGUCUGAGGUGUGUGCAAUGGACUCUGUGCGUCUCCUGGACUGCGGGGUUCUCCCUACCAAAGAGGUUGGGGUUUCCAGCUGCAGAUAGCUUGGGCAGGUCUCCACAUUCAGGGCUGGCAGGUUUUCUCUGAGUAACAUCUCUUCCCAAACAAGGGUGAGAAGGCUCCCUCUGAGGGGGCAGGAGGACCGCAGGUGCUGACCAAGCAUGACAAUCAGUCCCUUUACUGUGAAAAGUUUCCCCCAGAAACAUCCUCCCCUCCUACUGCACCACCAGGCCCCGCACUGCCCCUGGCGGGGAUGGCUGACCAACUUUCGUACUGUCCUCCCUAUAACUGUCCUAGCGGAACUUGGUCCCAGGAGGAGCCAUACACCACCCACAAGGAUUUCCAGAAUCCCCGCAGUGAUCAUGCCUUGCUCUGGUCAGAGGAAAGCCUGGCUCGGAGAUCUUUAGAGCCCAGGAUGUCAGCACUCACCUUGCAAGGACUCUCUGCUGCCUCUCUUCUGCAGAAAAGCCGUCGCCAAGGAUUGUGAGCAGUGCCCCCAUGAGUUUGGUCUAGGUCAUGUGAUUCUGUUUUGGUUUCUCCUCCUUCCUGAGUUCUCCAUUCAUUUUGUCAUCUUCUUCCUCUGUGGGUCUCUCCAAAGAUGUCGUGAUUUGUACUGAAAGUCAAUAUGUGCCCCCUUCUCCCCAGACCACUGAGCUGCGGUAUAUUGCAAUAAAAAUUACUUCUUAUAUUUGCAGAAAUUCUUCUGGUGUAAUUUUGUUUUGUUUUCCUCCUAAGAGAGACAAAUGGACAAAUGUAGACAGAAAGGGGGGGAGCAAUAUUCAGGAAAACCAGUGGUGAAGAUUUCAGGGCUCUAGGCUCUUUAAUAGAAUGAUAAAGGGCAUCUUGUACAUUUCUUACAAACCCCAUACACAUGUUCAUGAGUUUUAACUGUCACACCCAGGAAGGGGUAUUUUAAAGCAGUUGACCUGUGUAACAGAUUGACAAUUGUUAAAUUUUUCAAUAAACCACAUUGGCUGUUACCACCAUCAA